AUGCCAAGAUCCUUCCUGGUUAAAAAGGUCAAGCUCGACGAUUUCUCUUCGGCGGAUCUAGAGAACUCCUACAGCAGAUCGCGGACGGACUUCAACUCCCGGAUCCAUGACAAGGGGACCAUCCACGGGGGUCUCCGUCGCCCCCCUCCUCCACCUCGUGUGGUCCCGAGAGCUCCGGCUAGAAUCCGAGGGGUGUUUCCCACCCUCUGGCCUGGGCUGCUGCUCGCGGCUGUGGGCGGCGGCGGCGGGGGCUCCCGCCUGGGCCAGGCGCCGGGGCCGGGGUCGCAGCAGCCGCAGCCGCAGCCGCAGCAGCAGCGCCACACCUGCAGCGAGUGCGGCAAGACGUACGCCACCUCGUCCAACCUGAGCCGCCACAAGCAGACGCACCGCAGCCUCGACAGCAAGAUGGCCAAGAAGUGCCCGACCUGCGGCAAGGUGUACGUCUCCAUGCCGGCCAUGGCCAUGCACCUGCUGACCCACGACCUCAAGCACAAGUGCGACGUGUGCGGCAAGGCCUUCAGCCGGCCCUGGCUGCUCCAGGGCCACAUGCGCUCGCACACCGGCGAGAAGCCCUUCGGCUGCGCGCACUGCGGCAAGGCCUUCGCCGACCGCUCCAACCUGCGCGCCCACAUGCAGACUCACUCCGCCUUCAAGCACUUCAAGUGCAAACGCUGCAACAAGACCUUCGCCCUCAAGUCCUACCUGAACAAGCACUACGAGUCGGCCUGCUUCAAGGGCGCCGUGCCGCCCCCCCUCAGCCCCCUCGAGGCUUGA